CACUGAUAUCUUUCUUUCUUCUUGGAGCAUGUAGUCUUAAUACCUCUUGCCCCAUUCAUUUAGUGAGUUCCAAAAUCAUGACUCUCCUUGCACAGCCUUCAAACGGUCCCCUGUUCCUGCCAGAAGGAACGUCUUCUACCUCGUCAAGUACAGGCCUGAAGAGUGCUGAUCAUGGCUUAGAAGCAGGAGUCGAACAAGAUGGUGACGAUGGGGAUUGCCCUUCACCCAAUAGGGUGCGGGGAAGAGGAAGCGUCAACAGCGUCGUGAAAGAUUCACCAGGACUAUUUAAUGCAGGUUCGAUAAAAGAAGCAACUAUUAUGGAUCACGCAGUGGGGACGGAUGAGGUUUUUCGUCUACGUAGAUUCUUUUUACAUGAACAGGUACAGGAUUGGAUGGCCUCACAAGUAGACGUCAAUAGCUACAUAAGAGGCGACAGGGCAUGACAUACAGCAACAACUCCAUUCUAAGAGGCCUUUCAAAGAGACGAAGGCCCAUCACCAAUGUAGGACUAGUGCUACCCAAGUGGUUCAUAACGGCUGUUUUGUCCUACUCUGGACAUCAUUUUCCGUUUGGUUUUCGAUCUUUUUUGCCACUAGCUACGCUGAGUGGACAGACCACAGUUUUGGACCUGGUUUCGGAGUUUACGACCAAAGCGAACGAGCGCGUUGGCAUUAUACUUAAGGCGCACUCUAAUCUGUCUUUCUGCAGCAUCUUGGACCGGUCGCCACAUAAGCGGAAAAUGCAUAGGUCUAAGAUGUAGAUGAAUCCCGCGAUGGGUUAGGGCAAGCGCUAAUACACACAUGGAAAAACCUUUUUCGACAACACCAUUUGGACAUGGGGCAGCGACUACCUGCUUACAGUAAUCACGUGGUAUUGUGGGAUUCGUUUGAUCACGAAGAGUGCGGAAGAUUCAUGGAGAAUAAAGUGGAUCUGGCCAUCUUCUGGAGGUUCUGGUGACACGCUGGCUAAGGCUUUGUUUGCGGCUAUUUUAGAUUCGUUGGAGUCUUCGGCCUUCCUCGGUUCAAAAACAUCACUGGAGUUGUACAAAUAGCAUUCAAUAAUUGUGGUUGGCAGAUGUUCGAGGAAAGUUUGGGCGUAAAUUUUAAGUCCUUUUAGUACCUGUGCUGGCCCCCGUCGCAGAUGUAGACUUGGGUCUUUUAGACUGUCUUUUAGAUUUUGCAUGUACAGACUAUCCACUAUCACUCUAAGCCCAUUAACUACGCCGACCGCUAUCCUUCCGUCCGGCUUCUCCUCGCUUCAACCGUUUUCCUAAACGGUAUGGCAACGCUCUCUGGCGCCCUAGCUCACCAACACUUCACACCAGAAGACCUGGUAGACGGCCCUCCACUUGUGUUUCGGUUCCUGUGGACGAUCUGCUUGUCAUCUGUUGCGUUUUCUGGAUGGACAUCAGCGGUUAUCGGGUAUGAAGUGGCUGUUAGGAGUCCCGGAAAUCUCCCAUGUCCUUGAGAAGCAUCCUGCACCCCCCGUGUAAGGGGGAAGCGUGUCCCCUCGACCUCCCGUGUAUUGUGGUAAGGGGGAAACAAACGGAUCCAGGAUGACCUUCAAGAUGGAGGUCCAAGAUGCAUCUCAAAAUGGGAGAUUUCCGGAAGGUCUAAGGCUUUUGUCUCCUUCGCAAAUCGUCGCCCACUGCUUGCGAAAAUGUUUGGAGCGUUUUCGCCGGGAUGCUGGUUGUGGUACUUAUGAGGUGACUGGAGAAGAAGAAGGUGCAAACAGAAGUAGAGGUUUACAUGAACACUCACUUCGUGACUCUUGUGAUUUCCUUUUCUUUAGAAGACGCACGCAAGGAAAUUGCUUCUUGCGACGCAUAGGGCAGCUGGAGAGCAGCAAUUAAUUUUUCUAUUAGAAGGAUCAAAAGCCUAUUAGAAGGAGGUUCAUUCUUUAUUUUUCAAGGGAUGCAUGUUGACGUAAGGUUCUUUUUCAAUUAUAGGUACUUUUUCAAGUUAAUUAUAUAUUUUUCUAGUAUUAGGUUCCAUGCAAGGUUCUUUUCCGUACUUCCGUACCCUCAUGAAGCCCCAGUAAGAUCGAGGACAGUUGACGUGUUUUGAAGGGGCGACGAAGGAAUGCUAGAUAGAUGCGACCGAGAACUUGUAGCACCCCACUUACUUUUUGACUGCUACAAGAAUUGUGUAGAGACGCCCUACGCGGGUGGUCAACCCCCUUUUCACCCACGCGUCCUCCUUGGGGCGAUCUGCUAAAGCUUGCGGUCCCACCAAGUGUGGAGGCGAAGCGGCGGCAUCCUAUCCUAUCCUAUCCUAUCCUAUCCUAUCCUAUCCUAUCCUAUCCUAUCUUCUGUUUCAGGGGAUCGAUGAAAAAAAAAGCGCAACAAGGUUCUUUUUCAGGGGAUGCUGAAUGAUCAUGAUGUAACAAACUUCCGUAGAAGUUCAUCUAAGAUGCACGCUGAUAGGGGCUUCUGCAGCUGCUUACGGCGAAUACAGUUGCUCGAGACCUGCCGCUGACAUUUUCCUUGUGGGCGUCACGGUGUCCAUGCCGCAGCUGUAUCUUAUUCUGGUAACCAUCGCGGUCGCUAUUGAUAACACGAGGACCAGUGUAACACACUCCACGAGGACUAUUGAAGAUCCCAUUAAGGCUUUUUACGGUAAUUUAUCCUAAGAUCAUGAGGCAUUUUUCUCUCUGACCUCUUGCUUUAGCUUUUUUUUUCUUUGAUGACCUCUUUAAUAGCUUUACUAAGGAAAAGAAAAUGCGUCAAAGAUGCUGGUGCUCUUCCAGAUGAAUAUGAGUAAGGUUUAAUAACAGCAGAAGCUCCAACAUGAGCAACGUCGGCAAGAAGAAUAUCAUUGAGGCUGCCGCUCAACCAUCCUCAGCAUCAUCCUUGGCCCGUUUCUACUUGAAAGCAUACAUUUACUACUGCUCAUACAUCUGGGGAAGCACUUAUGAUUGUUACUUGAAAAGGAGGAAUCCAAGGACACGACUCUCAGGGCAGAUGCCAACGCGGUAGCUCUAAUGCUACAUCAGUAGAGUCGAACAAUGGGAGCACGCCGAGGACACUCUCUAGCAUCGAAAGUCUGGGAGUCCCAACGAGCAGAACUGAAUUACCGGGAGGGCCAGAGCGUCUAAACUGCCAGUGGAGACACACGACCCCACAACUAGAAGAGCAACUUCAUGGAGAGGACAGUGCCUCUCAACAGGGAGAGGACGGUGCCUCUCAUGGAGAGGACAGUGCCUCUCAAGAGGGAGAGGACGGUGCCUCAUCAAUGAUAGCACAACAACGGGCCUCAUCUUCAAUAAUAGCACAGCAGUGCUGCUGUGCCUCAUCUUCACGGCGAAGAAUGCAUUUGCAACACUCUUCAGCACGCAUGCAGCAGCAUGGACUGUCAAAUUUGUGUUUCUUCAUCGUGUUUUACCUGUUUAUGUUCCCAUACAUGACGAUCUACCCAUGUAUGCUAGCAGCGGAGCUGCAAUUAGGCACCUGCAAUGUAGUCCUCCACUGCGCACUGUGCGUUGCCUGGACAGGGCAGUAUUAUAUCACGAAGAAGGUAUUUCUAUGACGGCUAGUAUCAUAUCUUGUCUUGGGCUGGUUCCACAUGAAUAAGAAAGUAUUUCUAUGACGGCAGAGUAUACUUGUCUUGGGCUGGUACCACAUGAAUAGGAAAGUAUUUCUAUGACGGUAGGGUCUGGGGGCUAGUAUUACAGCACGAAGACCUCAGGCUUUGCUAGAAUCUUCCGAGUACUGCCUAUUCCUUCCUACAUUAUUACGCAGGGUGAUAAUCACCUUCACAGUCAGCAUAAUUUUUUCAAAGGGAUUUCAUUCAAAGGGACACUUUCUAAGGUACGCAAAGAAAAGUUCUUGGUUCUUGCUUGUAUGUAAUCGAGGCAGUUAUUUUUCUUUCUUGUGGAGCUAUUUUCAGUUCGUUCGUUGUUGGCUUGCAGUGGUAUGAUCACUAACCAUCUUCCGAAUAUGUAACCCUAUUCCAAUGUAACCGUAUUCGUUGCGAAUAUCCCCAGGGCAGUCCCAGUCCACUAUAUUGAAGAGCUAAAUAGAAUUUCGGGGUCUCGGGGCUAGUCUGUAGCCAUAUUUGUUGCGUGUGUGUAGGAAUGUUUGUUACAACUUUGUCAGCGCGGGAAAGGCUUGAUACUUAGAGACUCUCCUUAAAGUAGUAAAUAGAUCUUCUAGUUUUCAGUUGAAAGUUUGUCUGUUGUCCCGCCAGUGUUGUCGAACAAGCCACCAUCAGGUCCCGCAGCUUGUGUCGUGUCUGUCUCCCCUAUUUAUGCCGACAUUUCCCAUCCCCUCUCUAUGCAUGCUUUUCUACUUCAUCUUCCUAUUAGAGUACCAGCAUGCUAUAGUACUGCUGCAGCACCACGUACUAGUAGCACACCAAGUGAGAAGACGAGGCUACAACUUGGGUUGGGCAAAUUUGCAACUGGAAUGUCAAUUUCGUUACCAACAAUUAGAAAAUUCAGAAUUCAAUGCGGAUUAAGUACCACUAUCCAAGAAAUUGAAUUUUUAUCGCCCAAAAAUUGAAUUCAUUUUCUGAUGAGAGCUUUGCAAAUCUUUUGUUUUUCAAAGAAAAACUUAGACAGUGUGUUGACAGUGUCCAGCAUGUAGAGAAUGUGAGUCACAUGUUUACUGUGAAGAAACUGAGUGUCAGAAUUGGAAUGUAAAUCCUUUUCAGAGCCUGAAAACAUUAGGAAUGCAAUCUUUAGUCAGAAUUUAGAGGACUCUUAGGACUUUCUGUCUGAAAUGUUGAUGGAAAGAGACCUGACUAAGGAGACUUGACUAAGGUCUUAGAAAUGGUAUCAGAGAUAAUUUCAUAAUGCUUGUUCAUCUCUAACACGACUAGUCAUGACACUACUAGCUGACUCGUCCUGCUUGUUGAGAGUUUUACAUGUUUGUAGCAUCUAAAACUUCGACGAGGACUAAGUACUCUUCGAAAGACGUUACACUACGCACUUACACAUCCAUCCACAACAACUAGAACCAGCUAGAUUUUUCAGGCUGGUGCUGACUUGGGUCAGUUUUCGCAACAAUUCUCGACAUGAUGUGGUGCUAUAGCUGUCGUAUUGCAAGAAGUACCAGCAUGGGACUAUAACGAAUAAGUAAUGUCAGAUGAAGGCAAACAACCACUACAAACCAACGCCGUGAUCGUCUCCAAGACAAAGGAGUGCUUGAGAAGACCUCCACGUGGACGUGCUGGCGUCUUGCUGAUCCAUGUAGACUGGCUACAGUGCAAAACUGCGUGCAUGCCGAGACCGGUAUAGCAACAUGGAGUUUCUUUAAGUACAGUGACAGUAAAAAAGGGAAGUUCAGGAGAGUACAUGAUGAGUCAUUACGAAGUAAAUGAUAUAUGAGCUGCGGUGGUCGCCGAGUGAUUUAUAGAAGGCAGUGAGUGAAGGCAUGACGACGAUUAAUCGGACUCGAGCAGCGUGCGAGUGGGUCAAUGCAUGAGUCAGUGACAGUCGUGAUUGGCUAGAUAAACGGACACCUGGCGGACCAAACGUUGGAAUAAGAUGAAGAAUUUGACGGACCAAACGUGCAGAUGAAAAUGAAGACAACUGGUAUAACUCUUUUAUCAAGUGUAGCACUUGAUGAGCCUUUGUCAUGAUCCUCUUUUAAUAGUUCGUUAUCGUUCCUCUUUAUUUAUUAACAGUAGUACUCGCUGCGAAGAUAUUUCUG